UAUUUCCGGUCCCAGAUUGAGAAAUUGAUGCUGGAGCCGCCCCUGCAAGUGUGACAGUCUGGAGUACCGGGCGGAGUUUUCCUAUACUCGCUUGUGUGUUUAGGUUCAUCAGCCCCAAUAGCCAGCGGGGGGUUUUCCAUCGCCAUGGAUUUUAAUGUGAAGAAAUUAGCAGCGGACGCCGGGACGUUCCUCAGUCGCGCAGUACAGUUUACAGAAGAAAAAUUUGGCCAGGCAGAGAAGACUGAACUUGAUGCUCACCUGGAAAAUCUUCUCGCGAAAGCUGAAUGCACAAAGGUUUGGACUGAGAAGAUCAUGAAGCAGACAGAGGUGCUGUUACAACCAAAUCCAAAUGCCCGGAUAGAAGAAUUUGUGUAUGAGAAACUUGAACGGAAGGCACCAAGCCGUAUAAAUACCGAAGAGCAAUUAGCUCAGUAUAUGAAUGAUGCUGGUAAUGAGUUUGGCCCUGGAACAGCGUAUGGAAAUGCUCUCAUUAAGUGCGGAGAAACACAAAAAAGAAUAGGAGUGGCUCACAGAGAACUUGUUCAGACCGCAGCUAUAAACUUCCUCACUCCAUUGAGAAAUUUUAUAGAAGGAGAUUAUAAAACAAUGGCUAAAGAAAAGAAACUCUUGCAGAAUAAAAGGUUGGAUUUGGAUGCAGCUAAGACCCGACUGAAGAAAGCCAGAGUUACAGAAGCCAGAGCCGCACAACUAAAUGCAACCCAGCCUGAAGGAGAUAACAACUUUAUGGUAAAUGUGUCUUACAUGAUCAGCGUGUUGCACAUAAAAUUGCUGAAGAUGUGGACUGAGGAAGUUAUAAAAGCCGAACAGGAACUUCGAAUAACGCAAAGUGAGUUUGACCGUCAGGCCGAGAUUACCCGACUUCUGCUUGAAGGAAUCAGCAGUACACAUGCACACCAUCUUCGCUGCUUGAAUGACUUUGUGGAAGCCCAGAUGACAUAUUUUGCACAAUCUUAUCAGUACAUGCUGGAUCUCCAAAAGCAACUUGGCAGUUUUCCAUCAACUUUUGUGUCCAACAAUAAUCAGUCAACCUUAGCCCCUAUGCAAAGUGUUGCGGUACCUUCGGUCUCCGCCUCGGCUCAGGCACCUUCUGCAAAAAGUUCAUUGGUUACAUCCGGCUUCACUGAACUCAAAGCAUCCAAUGGCAGCAGGAAGGCCAGAGUUCUGUAUGAUUAUGAUGCUGCAAACAGCAGUGAAUUGUCGCUUCUUGCAGAUGAGGUUAUAACCGUAUACAGCAUGCCUGGAAUGGAUUCCGACUGGCUGAUGGGUGAAAGAGGGCAUCAAAAAGGCAAAGUGCCAAUUACAUACCUAGAGCUGCUAAACUGAUUGACUGAAUUUCCUCAAGUGCCGAAUACAGUUUAAAAAAAACAAAAAAAAAACCCAACGAGAAAUCCAUAUUUAUAUGCAAUUAACAUGAUAUAAAGCAGAUGUGUCUUCCAUGUAAAGUGUCUUAUGCAAAUUUCGACUUUAUCCAAGUGGUCAAUGCCUUUUAAGGCGAGUUUUCAUGCAUUAAGUGCACACCUUCAUCACUUAUCAUUAGGAGCUUUUACUUUCUCUAUCAAAGAAUGUGUUUUUAAAUAUUUUUUCUAUUUACCUAUAGUCAUGACUUACAAAAUUGAGUGUUAAAGCCCCUUCUGGCAUUUGGGAAUUUAUUGUUGUCUCAUGGUUCAUUGUGGGCUAAAAGGAGAGCAAAAACCCUGUUUUUGGCUCUAAACCAUACUGGACAGAGGGUAUACAGUACCACCAAAUGUAUGGCAACCGUUCCAGGCUUCUAAAAUUGCCAUAGUGCUCCCAACCUUUUGCUCUCCUUAAAUUGCAUAGCAAAACUGCCAAUAUAUGCCUUCAUGCUUGCAGUGUUUAAAGAUAUAAGCACGAGUGAUGUAAAUAUCCAGCUUCCACUUGCUUUCUGCCACAAGAGGGAAAAGGAAGUUAUUUUAUGUUGCUGAGGACAGUGUCCCCGAAAUGUUUUUGAUACAGGUGAGCCCUGCUACAUAUCAUUAUUUCACACAUGAAUACAGUCAUUUCUUAUUUGUUUGUACUCUGAUUAAUACAAUACUUAUUCACCUUUAA